AAAGAUGUGAUACUAUGUUGAGGACAUAGUUUUUAUUGCGAGCCUAUUAAGAAAUUUUAGACUAAUAAUGUUCAAUAGUAAAUUUUUGAUUAUUUUGGCGUGUUUUCAAAAUAAUCGAAAGAGUAUAAACUAGACACAACUGGCAAUAUGACAGAGAUUUCAUAAAAUUUCAGCCAAAAUAUUAGAAACAACCGGCACCAACAAAACACUUAAAUUAUUAUGUCUACUACAACAAGUUUAGUUUUCUACAAAAAUAGUGGUAUAUGAAAAAAGCAGAGCUAAGUAAUCUCUUAUGGAUAACACGAAAAAAUGUUUACUUAAAAAAUUUAAUUUUUUAAUCAAAGAAAAUAAAGAUUUGAAUAAUGACGUAAAAAUAAAGAUGGACGACACAAAUAUUAAAGAUGAACUAGUUUACAUUAAUGUCAGCGGUACAUCCUUUAUUACCACAACUCUUACUUUAAAUAACUUUCCUAGUUCGUUGCUGGGAAACAAGGAAAAUAGAAAUCAGCUUCAAAAAACAAACAAAGGAGAAAUAUAUCUUAACCGACAUCCAAAAGUGUUUGAAAGCAUUUUAACUUUCUAUCGAUACGGUAUUUUAGAGCAACCUUCUCGAGUAAAUCAGUUAAUUUUUUUAAAUGACGUUAAAUACUACGGACUAACUGCCGAAGCAUUGGAGGUUGGAAUUAAAGGCUUUUUUUGCGAAAAAAAAGUUUAUCAUCAAAGAAAAUGGCAAACAUAUAUAUGGAAUAUUUUAGAAUAUCCCGAUUCUUCACUUUCAGCCAGAAUAUUUUCUUUGUUUUCUCUGUUAACAAUAAUUCUGUCAAUAGUUGUAUUUUGCAUGGAAACGUUACCUACCUAUAAAGAUAACAAGGUUAAUAAAAUGUCUGAUGACACCCUAUUUGUUAAAAAUAUUCUCGAUGAUUUGGAAAAGUUUUGCAUUAUAUACUUCACAAUAGAAAUUGGAAUUCGCUUCCUUAUAUCGCCAAGUAAAUUGGAAUUCCUUAAAAAAUUUCUUAACAUCAUAGACAUUAUCUCUAUUUUGCCAUUUUACGUCACAAUUAUUUUAAACACAAAAGGAACAUAUUCAAUUUAUUUUUUACGAGCAAUGCGACUUGUUCGCGUAUUCCGCAUAUUUAAAUUAUCGAGGCACUCGAAUGAAAUGAUCAUAUUAGGCGUAGCUAUGAAAGAAAGUUUUCGCGAACUUGUUGUUCUUGUGUUCUUUAUUCUUCUGGGAGUGUUACUUUUUUCAAGUGCAAUUUAUUAUGCUGAAGACGGAGCAGACACAACUUUUACCAGCAUUCCAAGAUCUUUUUGGUGGAGUAUUGUAACUAUGACAACAGUUGGGUAUGGAGAUGAGUAUCCUAAAUCUCAAUUAGGUAAACUUGUUGGUGCGGUAUGCGCAAUGACGGGUAUUCUUGUCAUAGCAAUGCCGAUACCUAUCAUUGUUAACAAUUUUACUCAACAAUAUCAGGUUUUAAGACCUGGAUCAAAAUACUGGGAUGUUUUCCUACAAAAAGAUGAAGCUAAAAUUAAAAAUAUUGCCGAAGUUGCCUGAUUGUUAAAUACAAGAUGCUAAUGAAAAAUGACAAUACAAUUUUGUGCUGCAUUUUCUACAAAAAUGGCAUAAUAAUGAUAACAAAUUCCUAUGAUAUAAUAUAAUUUUUAAUAAGGAUAAUAAUUAUACAUUAAAAAUAUUGAUUUUUAAUGAUUUAUUAUUAUUUACGAAAAAAAUAAAAAAUUUUAUUGCAACAUCUUUGAAUCUGACAAUUAUUCAACGAUGAUUUAACGACGAUUUAACAAUGGAUGGAGUAGAUAUACAUGGGGAAGAGUAAAGUAAGGGAUUUUUUUACCAAAAUUUAUACUUUUUUCUAACAACAAGCAUCUAAAUAAAUUAGGAGUUUCUUAAUUUGUUUAACAGUAACUUUUUUAUGAUUUUUUGUUGUUGUUGCUUUUUCAUUGAUUUUUAUUUCUAAUAUGUACAUUGACCUGCCUUUUUUAGAAUUGUAUAAAUUUUACAUGUAUAAACACUGACUACAAGUU